AACCAAGGAAAGUGUGAAGAGUCUAUCUCUCCCUUGCCACUCGCCACUCGCCAGUCACGCAGUGUGCUCAGCUCAGCUCAGCUGGAGGGUCAGAGCCGUCGACUCAGUGAGUGAACUCGUUCCUAGGGCUCCACGCGGUUGACCCACUCGCCAUCUGUCUCAGCCCAUCCUCCAAAAGCUUCCGCUUUCUCUUGUGUAGGGGUUUUCGCCUUCCAAAGGUAGGAAAAAGCAGCCAUGUUUCUGAAAGUACAAUUGCCCUGGAACGUUGUAAUCCCUGCUGAGAGCUUGGAUAUGAAAGGGUUGAUACUCCAAAAGUCAAUUGUUAUCCGCUUGCUGGAGGACUUUGCAUCAAGAAAGGCAACCAAAGAUCUGGGCUACUAUCUCGCUCUCACAACUCUGGAGAGUGUUGGAGAGGGUAAAGUGAGGCAGCAGACUGGGGAUGUUCUGUUUCCUGUUGUUUUUAGCGCGGUUACCUUCAAGCUUUUCAGGGGAGAGAUUGCUGAGGGGGUUGUCCACAAGGUUCUGAAGCAUGGAGUUUUCCUGAGUUGCGGCCCAGUUGAAAACAUGUAUCUCUCGAAGAUGAAGAUGCCGGAUUAUAAUUAUGUGCCAGGGGAGAAUCCUGUAUUCAUGAACAGCAAGAUGUCAAAAAUUGAGAAAGGCACCACCGUACGCUUCAUUGUUAUUGGGACUAAGUGGCUUGAGGCACAAAGGGAAUUUCAGGCUUUGGUUGGCUUGCAUGCAGAUUAUCUCGGACCGGUUUCUUAGAUCGGUUCCACUUCUGUAAGCAAAUUAGGAAGGUGGUGUUCUUUUCUUAUCAUGACUUGGAAAUGUACAACUUAGCGAUGCUGGUUAUUGUUGUUGACCUUGUUACUGUAACUUUGGUAUGUUAAUAUCCUUUUGAGUAACUUCUGAUCUCUUUUGUGUUAA